AUGUGUGAUGUUAGUUCUCAAGGAUCCGUUAGAUCAUUGAAUCUUUAUGGAGCAAAGCUGCCGGAAAAUCUCGAUCAAAUGGACGAUGUGGAUACCCUAAAUCUCUGCUAUGCUGGCCUUCAAAACCUCGAUAGCAUUUUACAACUGCAGAAUCUCAGAAGAUUGUUUUUGCGAUACAACGAAAUUUCCUCAUUUGAAGAAGUGGAGAAACUCAAGAAUCUUCCGAAUCUGGAGAGCUUAAGCCUCAUUGGAAACGAAAUUUAUAAACAUCCGGAUUACAGGGAGCAAAUUUUGUCGAUUCUUCCGCAACUGCAAGUUCUUGAUGGGGAAAUGCUCAUGCAUCAUGAAGAGGAUGAUGAUGACGAUGAAAAGUCAGAUGUCGAAGAGGAUAUGGAAGGACAUGAUGCUGACGGAGAAACUGAUGAGCAAGAAGCUGAUGUUUCCGUGACCCUUCGAAAACCUAAUAUCGUCACUGCCAUGAGUUUGCUCAUCCAAGAGCUCGAUCAUUUGGACGAUAUCGACGAGCUGACGACGCUUCUUUCGAUGAGAUCCAAGAAGAUUCGAGAAAAUGAAAUCUUCGAAGUCUGA